AUGGACACCGACAAAAGUGGAACAAUUACAUAUGAAGAACUAAAGACUGGUUUGGCUCGACUUGGGUCAAAGCUCACUGAGCCUGAAGUUAAGCAGCUCAUGGAAGCUGCUGAUGUGGAUGGAAAUGGUACAAUUGAUUACAUUGAAUUUGUCACUGCUACCAUGCAUAAACACAAACUUGAGAAAGAGGAACACCUUUACAAAGCCUUUCAGUAUUUUGAUACAGAUAAUAGCGGAUAUAUCACAAGAGAUGAAUUAGAAACAGCAAUGAAAGAACGUGGAAUGGGCGAUGCAGAGAGCAUUAAGGAAAUAAUUGCUGAAGUGGACACAGAUAAUGAUGGAAGAAUUGACUACGAGGAGUUCUGUACAAUGAUGAGACGUGGAACCCAAACAACUGGCAAGCUUUUCUAG